UGUUUGAUUUUUACAUUAAUUAUAUGUAUUGAGAUAUUUAAUUGAAACUAUCAUUUAUAUACAGUUAUAUAACUGUAAUGUACAAUAUGUAACAAUAGAUGAAAAUAUUGGAUAUUAAAUGUUUGUUUGUAUUUAAAACAUCUGUCAAUUGUAAUACUUGUAAGAUAUCUGUGGUAUAGUUGUAUGAAAAGUGUUAAUAAAAUGCCCAAACAUUACAUGGAAAUUGAGAUACCGGUUCCCUAUGGCCUCUUAAAGGCCAAAGCAUGGGGUGAUCCUAAUCGUCACACAAAUAAAAUAAUUGCACUUCAUGGAUGGCAGGACAACGCCGGCAGUUUUGAUACACUGAUCCCUCUUUUACCGGAAUCACUAUAUAUUGUCGCACUAGACUUUCCGGGACAUGGAUUAUCUUCACAUUUAUUGGAUGGAUGUCCAUAUCAUGACUUAGUAUUUCUAAUGGAUCUAAAGAGGGUUGUCGAUCAUUUAAAGUGGUCCGAGUUUACAAUAUUAGGCCAUUCAAUGGGUGCCGCUAUUGGUCUUUUCUAUUCAUGCCUUUACCCCAAAAAUGUGACUAAACUUAUAGCUUUAGAUAUGGUAAAGCCAUUGAGUUUUCCGGGCCAUGAAUUGGCCAAAAGGACCGGCGAUUGUAUUAAUGCUUUCUUAACAUUGGAACAAAAGAACAGUAAACCUCCGGUAUAUGAUGAAGAAACUGCUAUUAAUAAGUUGAUUGACGCUCACGCCAUAUAUGGUCAGCUCACUCGUGAGGCGGCACAAUGUCUACUCAAGAGAGGAUCCAAAGAAACAGCAGACAGAAAGGGAAAGUACUUUACGAGAGAUAAUCGCAUAAAAGCCGUUCUUUUUCAACGUAUGGAUAGUAAUGCUCUUUACAAUUAUCUCGAAAGUAUUGAGUGUCACCUCAUAAUAAUUAAAGCCAAAAAUGGCGUAAAACUUGAUCCUCAAGAAGUAAAUGACCGCUUUAUUGAAUUAUAUAUACGAAAGUGUAAGAGUUUUAAGUUAAUCCAAGUCGAAGGUCAACAUCACGUGCAUCUCAUUAGUCCCGAAACAGUACUUCCAUUUGUGGCCAAAGCUUUCAGUGAUAGUCUUACCAAUGGGUGUAAUGGAUAUCAAAACGGAAAUAAUGGUAAUUGAUUGAUAGGAAUAAUAAAUAAUGUUAUAAUUUCAACAUUACGUAUAACUUAUAUAAAUCUUAACCAAAGUUGAGUUAUUUUUUAUUUC